CUUUGAGGUCCGAAUUAACGACUUUUGACUGUAUAUUUUUCUUUUUUGUACUUUUUUAACAAGUAUUUUACUAGACUUUUAACCACUUCCCAGUUUUGCCUGACCGCCGUUCGGGUACUUGGAAAUGGUACUCUUUUGAUUUUCCCGAGCGGUGCUCGAGCAACAUUUUUUUCUAGUCCAAUACACUAAUUCGCUUGAAUUUUUUGCUUGUUAAGUGUGUACUGUUUCUAACAGAUGGUGCUAGUAAUUCAGUAAAGUUAGAAUUGCAAAACAACUGGUUUCAAGGUUAGGUUUUACUGAAUUCUUUUACGCAAGUAAAGGCGCGAAAUUUCUUUUCACAAGCUCGGUGUUCCGGCUGCUGGGAAUACUAUUUCUUUUAAAUUUAGAGCUAAAGUAAAAGAAGACAUGAAUGAUAAUAACUGAAGAAUGAACUUAUAACUGAAGAUAACUCAGAUAGUGAAUCUGAAAUUUCACUAAAUGGUUCUGGAAGUAAUGACAGUUUGUUGUCUGACUUCUCUAGUGAUGGAAAAACGGAAAGUAUAGAUAAUCUAACGCAAAUUUGAAACUUUUGUGAACUUGAUAUUAAUAAUUCUUCUUUCUUAAUAUUAAUAAUUCUUCUUUGGAAUCAAACAGAUAUGUAAUAACAAUAAAACAUUUUAAAUUCUGACAUCUGUUUUUGUAAAGUGUUCUUUCCAGUUUGCAUACUUGUUCGAAAAAAAGCCAACUUUAAGGAAAAAUGUGCUUUUUACGAUGAAAAUAAAAAUUAACAUAAAUCAAUAAAUCUACACUUGUAAUAGUUCUGACUACUGAUUUGGGUUUAUAUACUGAAUUUCUUCAUAAAAAUGUUUAUAAAAAAUAUGCUUAUUUUUUGUCGUAAUAUGACGGAAAAAAGAAACUGUUAAGUGGUUAAGCUGAAGAUGUUAGAAAAUGUUGUAAAUGACCCUUCAAGAAUGUGAGUUUAAAAUGUGUGGCUUUUGUGUAAACAUUCUUUCAAGGAACAUACUGAAAAGUAUUUUAGAAAUUUAUUAAAGUUUUAAAAAUUCUGUAAAAAUUUGCUUAGGCUAGAAGUAUUGGAAAUUUUUUAAAUGUUGGAUCUGUCCUGAAUCUGUGACAUUCAUGUAGGCUUACCAUUUACUGCCAUAAAAUAGUUAGAUAUCUAAAGCAAAAAAUAUUCACUUUUCAUUUCUUUUUUAGUAAUGCAUAUAGCAUGCAAAGUGGUAUCAUAAGAUAAUUCAGAAAUUCUUAUUUAACUUUUUACACUUUUAACCCUCUCAGUAUUAUGGAUGUAAAAUUCCAUGUAGAAGGUUGGUUUUCUUAUUCAUUACACAUGAAAAUUUCUGUCAGCUUUUAAUAUAUCCGAUUUCAGAUGUGAUGUUUAUUGAAAGAAAAUUAAUCAAGGUACAAAGUGAGCAAGUCGUUUAUUAAUUAUAAAAAAGAAAAAUACCAUAUAUUCAUGAUAUUUUAAGGAACUUUGAAAUAUCAGGCCUAAACCUGUAAUGCUCAAAGGGUUAAAGUAUUCUACAACUAAAUAUUUAGAAGCAAAGGUUACAUGAGAGUAAUGAAUUGAAGAUUCCUUAACAAAGUGAUAUAUCAUCCCCUUAUAUCCUUGUUGUUAAAUAAUCAAAGGUGUUUCCUAAACUUUCCCUUGAUUUUUGCUGUUUCUCUCAUUUAUAUUUUCCUUUUAUACUUUUACAGGAAAAUGCAGCAUCAUGAUUGCUGGCCUCGUUGUACUGGUUGUGGAUGCGUGGAAGCUUAUAAUAAAUUAACAACUGAUGUCUCAAUUAGCAAACGGCAAUUCUUCAGCCAAUAAUUCUAUCACAACAUUUGAGCUGUUGGUGUUUUUGUAUAAAAACUUUGCAUUUGUAUAAUGUUUUAUUGGCUAUUUUGAAUUUAUUUUACUUUGUGUUUUCACAAGUGUUUGUUGAACACUGUGUUUCAUAAAUAUUUUUCAAUAUUUAUGUCUGUAUAUUUUCCUUAUAAUAAAAAUUAUCUGUGUUGUUGAAUAAUUUAUAUUUUUAGUAAUUACAUAUGUGUGUGUAUGUAUAUAUCAGGGUUCGUACGGUCCUUAAAAGUCCUUAGGUUUUUUUUAUUCGAUUUUUGAUCCUUAAAAGUCCUUAAUUUUGGCCAAAAUCGCCAGAAGGUCCUUAAUCUUAAUCAUCUGAAUUCCCCCCCCCCGACUGCUAUUUUGAGUGUAAAUUAUCAUUUUGGAAGAAUAUUUUAGACGAUUCUCUGGCAAAUAUAAUUAUCUUUUAUCUUAUUAUAUAUUAUAUAUGAUAAAAUGUCUGAUGUGAAAAUAUGAUUAUUUUUAUUGUAGCUUGAUUUUAUGAUGAAAAUAUGAUUAUCUUUUAGUGCUCUCUAAAAUUCUGCUCCCAGUGCCUGUUCUAAAUUCUAAAUGUUUUGCCAUUUCUAGAUUAGGUCCUUGAUGUGUCACUAAAUUUUAAAAGUUCUGCCUCAUCGGCUCUGAAACCAGCCUUUACCAUAUAUCAUUUUAUAUUUGUUCUGGAAUGUUCAGCUUUUUCUUUACAUUCUAAAUGCAUCUGCUUUUUUAGGAUAACAGAAAUCUUUAAUUAAUUCCGAAAAUUCUAAAGUGAAGAUGAAACGUGUUGAACAAAGAAACUGAGUACAUAAAGAGGAAUAAAAUUAUUCUUCAAAGAUAUGUACAGUUAUUAUUAUGUAAAUUAAGUUUAUAAUUUUAGCCUUAUAAGUUCCCCUUUUCAUUUCCUCAUCAUAAUGCAAAUCAGAUAGUUUUUAAACUGAGGUUUUUGGAUUGUAAAACAGUGUGUUUUUGCCCUUCACUUGGAUGUUGCUUUAGUUCCUGCCAGCUCUGAUAAUUUGUAAUUAUUCAUCUUUGCUUUAUUGCUGCUAACAUUUGAAUUUGUUCCGACGAUAGAGUUACUGAGCCAGUUUAGAUUAAAAUUAAAUUGUGUAGUCUUUGACUACUAGUCCACAUUUCUAGUUUUAAUUUGAAUGUUCCGGUUUAUUUGCAUUACCACAAGCUGUAGUUGACUUUGUUAGCAUAAGAAUGUGGCUUGUCAGUAUAAGAAAGGUGGCUGUAUGUUCCAAGUUCUUUUUAAAUAAAAGGUUUAUUUAAACCUUUAUGUGACUUCUUAGUUACUUUCAGAUUUGGUGAUAAUUUGCUUCAUGUUUAUCAGAGGUUUAGGACAAUUUAACUUUUACCAGAUUAAGUAAAACCUCGUUAGGAUUAAGAAAUUGGCAGGUUAGGAGAUAAAGCGCGCAGAAACUAGUGGGAACAUUGGUUUGUGUAUUGAAACAGAUUGCAUAAAUAUUUUGUUGUGUGUUGUUGCUAUAAAGCAUAAAUGUUUUGUAGCUUUUAAUGUGGAAUUAUCCUAAUACCAUUUAAGAAUCAAUGUCAUAAAUUACAUGCAUUUUAAACUGUGAAAUCUUAUUAGAUUGUGAUUAUAAUAGUACUUUUUUAACAAAUGUUUCUUUAAAAUAAAUAAAAUUUAAUAAUCGUCAUGCAAAUCUAUAACGACUAAGGGUAUUUAACUACCUAAUUUAAUUAUUUAUAACUAAUUGCUCGCCUUUAAAAUUUAUCUCUGCAUAUUAAAGCGAGUUAUUGCCUUUCAUUAAUCCUGACUGACACAAGGUACAACACAAAAAUGUAAAAAUUAAUGUAAAACAUAUUCUUUGCAUCUAGUCAGACUUAAUACAUUAGUGGCUGGUGCAUUAAUGGCUUAUUGGAACCUUAAAAUAUAUUAACUGGGUUACAAUCCCAGAAACUCUACAUGAAGAUACAACACUAACUGCAUCAGACAGACGGAGCACAACUAACUUUCAAAACUUGUCAAACAUAUUUUUUAAAUUUUCGUUUUACUUUUUCUGCUUCUGUAACUUUUUUUAUUUUUGCAGUGCACUGAUUGCUACCCUGAUCAACCCGAACGAUAUCUGACAGUAUGUUUUGUCAAAUUAUUAUGGAAAACCAAAAUACACACAGAAUUUCUUUCCAGUGGAUUCUAGCCCAAUGUGGAUUAUGGUCAAUGAAAAAGCUGAUACAUUGGCUAAGAAAGGAACUUUGAUAAUGCAACGCACUAAUCGACCGCCUUCUUUUCAUACAACUAAAUUGUUUGUUAACCUGACUCUUAAGAAAAUUUUUAAGCAGGAUAUGACUCAAAUGUGCUGUAGAUAAGAGAUGGAGGAUUCUGGGGGAAGAGACAACUUUCAUUCCCAGUUUUCCAAGAAUUCUGCAGAGUUGGAGUGGUGGAUUCCCCAAACUGUUUUAUGUGACUCCAAUCAGCCUAUGAUUUUUUAACAUUUAAAUAAUUAUAUUGCACUUUCUCAGUAUGAGGACAUUGUUAAGAAGUACUGGAGAGCCCGGGAACUAAUUGCUUAAGUGCUAAUGUUUGGCAUUUGCAAAAUAAAAAAUAAAUAGACCACCAAAAUAGUGCCUACUUUAUGCCUUUUGCUGUAUAAAUUAGUUUUAUUCGUUAAUAGUUUGCAUCAUACACUAUUUGUAAUUAAGUUAAUUUUAUUUCAUAACUUUAAUUUUUAUUUAUUAAUUAUACAUAGUUUUACUGUAAAUUAUUGAUGGUUUUUAUUUUAAAAAAUCUAUUUAGUUUUUAGUAUUUGGCAACAUUUAUAUUAUUUAUAUACAGACAACUUUUUUCCUGUUCCUUAACUCUUUUUAGAAGUAAGUAACUAUAGGAGCAUCUGCUGUGGAAUGGUAAAUAUUCAACAGAAAUAUUUACUUUAAGUGUUAAUGUGCAGAAAAACUGUUAUGGAUUAUUCUAAUUGAAAUGUUAUUGAUAUAAGAUAAAAGUUUGGCCUAAGUUAUAUCCAUAAAUGUGUUUAAAUCAGAUGAAAUUCUAUUGUUAAUUUUAGAAUUUUUAUAAUUUAGAAACUUAAGACAUAUUCCUGCGUAUUGUGAUAUAAACUGAGUAAUUAAAUAUGAGUGUUUAAAUAUAGACAUUAAUGGUGUUAAAAAAUCUGUUUUGUUUUUACUGCUUAUUUUUUGCUUUGAAUUUUUCCUCUUUGAAAUCAAGUAACAAUCAAAUUCCACAAAUUUGUUCCUCAUGCAUUUUAUGACUAAUUCGUUUUGGAUGUCUUGUUAUUGCAUCUUAGACACACACACACACAGACAUAUAUAUUAUCAUUUAUAUAUUUUUGUAUAGUUUCUCCACUGAAAGUAAUUUUUGUGUUUGACAGUUUUACCUGAAAUAAAAGAGGAAUAUGAUGAUGGUUCGUAUCAACAAAAUGCAUGUACUUCAUUUCAACCACAGAGUGUACAGAAAGAAAAUGAUGGCCUUCUUCAGCUUCCAAGUCUCAAGAAAGCCCUCUUGAUCUUACCUGAUAUAAAAGAGGAAGAUGAAGAAGAGAUUGGGAUGUCAAGCAAUAUCAGCAAAUAUAAUUUAUCUGCAUCUUUUAAACCACAGAAUGUGCAGAAAGAAAAUGCUGUCUUACAACAGCAAAUAAAGGAAGAAGAAGAUGAAACUUCAAUUUCCUAUGACAAUAAAUCGUCCAAAUUGUCUAAACGUCCUAUUUCAGCUAACCCUCAGGGUGUAAAGAAAUGUAAUAGUGUUUCAUUUCAAGAUGAUGAACGUUUUCCCAAAAAAAGUAUGCCUCUUCCAACUGCACCCGAAACUUCGAGUACGGAAAGUGUUAAAAGUAAUUUUUUAUGUUCAGUAUGUAGUAAAUCGCUAACUGUAGGGGGCAACUGGAAGCCAUAUAAACUGUCAGACUGGGAGAAACCAAUAUGUUUACAAUGUAAAGAAAUAUCAUUGAAUCCUGUUAAAGAUAAUAGUGAUGAACCAGCUUGUGCAGAAGUGUCAUGUGUCUCCAAUAAAGAUUGUACUGGUGAUCCAAAUUCUGCAGAAGUGUCACGUGUCUGCAAUAAAGACUGUACUGAUGAUCAAAAAAGUAUGCCUCUUCCAACUGCACCCGAAACUUCGAGUAUGGAAAGUGUUAAAAGUAAUUUUUUAUGUUCAGUAUGUAGUAAAUCGCUAACUGUAGGGGGCAACUGGAAGCCAUAUAAACUGUCAGACUGGGAGAAACCAAUAUGUUUACAAUGUAAAGAAAUAUCAUUGAAUCCUGUUAAAGAUAAUAGUGAUGAACCAGCUUGUGCAGAAGUGUCAUGUGUCUCCAAUAAAGAUUGUACUGGUGAUCCAAAUUCUGCAGAAGUGUCACGUGUCUGCAAUAAAGACUGUACUGAUGAUCGAAAAAGUAUGCCUCUUCCAACUGCACCCGAAACUUCGAGUACGGAAAGUGUUAAAAGUAAUUUUUUAUGUUCAGUAUGUAGUAAAUCGCUAACUGUAGGGGGCAACUGGAAGCCAUAUAAACUGGCAGACUGGGAGAAACCAAUAUGUUUACAAUGUAAAGAAAUAUCAUUGAAUCCUGUUAAAGAUAAUAGUGAUGAACCAGCUUGUGCAGAAGUGUCAUGUGUCUCCAAUAAAGAUUGUACUGGUGAUGCAAAUUCUGCAGAAGUGUCACGUGUCUGCAAUAAAGACUGUACUGAUGAUCAAUAUUCUGCAGAAAUGUCAGGUGUCUGCAAUAAAGACUUUACUGAUGAUCAAUAUUCUGCAGAAAUGUCAGGUGUCUGCAAUAAAGAUUGUACUGAUGAUCCAAAUUCUGCAGCAGUAUCACCUGAUUGUAAUCAAAGUCAUAUUGAGGAUUGCUAUAGGCUUUUUUAUGACCCAGAAAUUGUAGAAAGAUCACUUGACUUUAAUGAAGAUUCUGAUUAUAAUCGUGAUUAUUAUAAAGAUACUUACCUUACUUGUUCAAAAUGUAAUAAUCCUUUCAAAUUGGAGGGAAGCUGGCGUGCGUAUAAACCUAAAAAUUGGAGUACGCCAAUUUGUUGGAUGUGUUCCAGAAAAUCAUUUCUGUUAGGUGUACGAGGUUUUAUCCCAGAAUACGCUACACAAACAAAUCCAGUUCAGCCACAAAAAAAAGCUGCUAAGAAAAAUCAUGAUAAUUCUUCAUAUGUUUGUUCAAAAUGUAAAAAAUCUUUUAAUAUUGAGGGAAAAGAGGAGACAUCUAAGCUUCUGAAAAGUAAAAAACCUGUUUGUGCAGCAUGCACAAAAAAGCCCUCUGGCUUGAAAAGAAAAUCAUCAAAAGCUAAAAAAAUGAUUAAGAAUAAACAUUCACACAAAUAACGAUUGUAAUGUGCUUAUAUUUCGUAUGCAUUUCAAAUGUUUUAAUUAUAUAUUAAUUUUUUAUAGAUUUUUCAAUUUAUCUGUUUCUAGGAUAAAUCUACUAUACAACAUUAAUUAUACAAAAUCUCUGUUGUAACAGUUAAAGAGCGAAACACUGCACGUAUACUUUAUUCAAAAUAUAACACUUUUCCCUAUCCUCUUUUUGCACUAUGUAUAUAAUUUUUCCACUUUUUUAUAAUUGCACCGUAUUUUGAACCUGCUGCAAUUUAAUUAAAUUGCUACUUAAAUAUUAAAUUUGCAUGCUACUUCACUUGUUUUUUUUACCAUAUAUAUGCAUUUAUUAUUACACAAUAUUUUUGUUAUUAAUAAAUAAGAUAAAAAAUUUGAUUAUUUUCUUGACACUGUUUACAUAACUAUGGAAGUUGCAUCAAAUACUUGUAAAACUUGGACUGUUCAUUUAAUAUAUUAAUAUCCUUUUCUGUGUUUGUAGAUUCUAAAUAUUAAGUCACAUAAU